CACUCACUUGGCAUAACAAAGGAGACGGGUCGCAUUUGUCAUCAGCAGGAUUUAUGUUAAAUUAGUGCGCUGCUAUUGGGCCCUCUCCCCGUUUUCUCGCUGCGGUCAUGUGACCCGACAGCAUCGCUCCUUUCCGCCUGCAAACAAACAGCUGUGAGCGAGACAGUGUGCAGCAGGGCUCUUCAGAAACAUACAGUACACGAGCGGGACAAAAUGGGAGUGGAGAUCGAGACCAUAACCCCCGGAGAUGGGAGGACUUUCCCCAAAAAAGGACAGACAUGUGUGGUGCAUUAUGUUGGCUCUCUGACAGAUGGACGGAAGUUCGACUCUUCCCGGGACCGUGACAAGCCAUUUAAGUUCAAGAUUGGUAAACAGGAAGUGAUCCGUGGCUGGGAGGAAGGUAUUGCGCAGAUGAGUGUGGGACAACGUGCAAAGCUGACCUGUUCACCUGAUUUUGCCUACGGUAAUAAAGGCCAUCCUGGGAUUAUUCCCCCAAAUGCGACCCUCAUCUUCGAUGUGGAGCUUCUCAGUUUGGAGUGAUUUAAUGCAUUAACAAUGCCUUUUGUUAAUUUUUGAUUAUAUUAUAAAUGUUUCAAGUGUAAAAAGGUUUAGUCUUAACAUUAGAAACUUGAUUAAAUCAGUUUUCUCUUUAUGUCAGGCCAUAUUUUAGUCAUUCUUCUCAGAACCAGCUUUAUUCAGUAUCCCAUCCCACAGUUUGGGGCACAUUAUGUAAAGAUCUGUGCUUUAUUUUAUCAGAGUUCUCCAACAUUUUAUCUUUUGCUUUAGUCACAUUACAUCAGAAAUAAUUCUUUAGCUCCUUUAAUUUUAAUCCAACAUUCUUCCUGUCUAAUUGAUACAAUAUCACCAAAUCAUCAAAAACCUUGCAAUGUCCUUAAUCCUGAACUUGAACCCUUGAAGGAACCCUUUAGACUUCUCUUCUCUUGUGACUUUUUCUUACACUGUGAUUGUUGUUGGCUUGAGACCAAGUACAAACUUGUUAAAGAAUCGGCAACUUGAUCCCUGAAUAGUAAUCCCAAAAAAAGAAAACAUAAAUAUAUCUUAAAGAU